AUGGGUAGCGUAACAAAUCACAUCCCGCCUCCACCUCCUCCAGAAGAUUCGGCCGCACCUCCACCGCCGCCAGACAGUAUCGCCCCUCCACCUCCUCCCGAUGAUGUACCACCCCCGCCCCCCGCUGAGACUCAGAAGAAGCAGAAACUGGGAUGGGGUGCAAAGAGACCGACUGUCACUCCGUUGAGUGUAGAGGAAUUGAUACGCAAGAAGAAAGAAGCAGAUGCGGCAACAGCGAAGCCUAAAUUUAUAUCUAAAGCUCAACGAGAGAAGCUAGCGUUGGAGAAACGGGCUCAAGAGGUUGAGGCAGAGCGACAAGCCAAGGCCCACACCAAUGGUGCUGAUCGCAACGGUUUUACAUCCGAACAAUCGUUGGCGAGGUCGCAAGACUCUCGUGAUAUUCGGGAAUCAGCGGUCCACCAUGUUCCCACCGGACCACGAUCGAUGCGCGACGGACCCCCAACCGGACCUGGCGGUAUGCGGAAGGGAGGCCGACAACACAAUCAGCACCUUCGCGACCAGGAUAUGCCACCCCCAUCUAAGACUAAAGGCGAAAAGCGUCUUACCGAAGAAGACGAAGCAGAAGCGCUGGCUAAAUUGACCAAGCAUCGAUAUAUGGGAGCCGACCAGACGUCGAACUUCUCGGCAAAGAAGAAGCGCAAGCGUACCGCAGACCGCAAGUUUAAUUUCGAGUGGAAUACCGAGGAGGAUACAAGCGGCGACUACAAUCCUUUAUACCAGCACCGACAUGAGGCCCACUUCUUUGGCCGGGGCCGUUUGGCCGGCUUUGGCGACGAUGUCGCCGAUGACGUCGCGCGCAAAUACGCAGAGGCAUUGGUGACCCGCGACCAGGAAGCCGGUAGCGCACGAGCCAAAGAAAUAUUGGAGAUGGAACGCCGGCGACGCGAGGACAGUACCCGCACACAGAUUGACAAGCAUUGGAGUGAGAAGCGCUUAGAUCUCAUGCGCGAGCGAGACUGGCGUAUCUUCAAGGAAGAUUUCAACAUUGCCACCAAAGGUGGCAGCGUGCCCAACCCCAUGCGCUCAUGGGAAGAGAGUCAAUUGCCGAAGCGCUUAUUGGAGCUUGUUGACCGUGUCGGAUAUAAGGACCCAACCGCUAUCCAGCGCGCGGCAAUUCCCAUCGCUAUGCAGUCGCGUGACCUGAUCGGUGUCGCCGUGACAGGUUCCGCACCCACACGUGAAUUGGCGCAGCAGAUCGAGAUCGAAGCCAGAAAGUUUACACAGCCUCUCGGAUUCAAUGUGGUCAGUAUUGUCGGUGGCCACUCGCUCGAAGAGCAAGCCUACAGCCUGCGCGAAGGCGCCGAAAUUAUUAUUGCCACACCUGGUCGUCUAGUCGACUGUAUCGAGCGUCGAAUGCUGGUUCUCAGCCAGUGCUGCUACGUUAUCAUGGACGAAGCAGAUCGUAUGAUCGAUCUCGGCUUUGAAGAGCCUGUCAACAAGAUCCUGGAUGCCCUUCCCGUCUCCAAUCAAAAGCCCGAUACAGAAGAAGCUGAAGAUUCAAGCGCGAUGAGCCAAUACAAGUACCGCCAGACGAUGAUGUACACAGCCACUAUGCCUGCAGCAGUCGAGCGUAUUGCUCGCAAGUAUCUCCGCCGACCAGCCAUCAUCACCAUCGGUGGCGUCGGUGAAGCCGUCGACACAGUGGAGCAGCGUGUGGAGAUGAUCUCUGGCGAAGACAAACGCAAGAAGCGCCUCGCCGAAAUCCUACAAUCGGGCGAGUUCCGUCCCCCGAUUAUCGUAUUCGUCAACAUCAAGCGAAACUGUGACGCUAUCGCGCGCGAGAUCAAACAGAUGGGCUUCUCCUCGGUCACUCUACACGGAUCCAAAACCCAAGACCAGCGUGAAGCCGCGCUCGCCUCCGUGCGCAACGGCUCAACAGACGUUCUCGUCGCAACUGACCUCGCAGGAAGAGGUAUCGAUGUGCCAGAUGUGUCACUGGUCGUCAACUUCAAUAUGGCGACCUCGAUCGAAAGCUACACUCAUCGUAUCGGUCGUACUGGCCGUGCUGGAAAGAGUGGUGUUGCUAUUACCUUCCUGGGUAGCGAGGAUAGCGAUGUUAUGUACGAUCUCAAACAAAUGCUGAUCAAAUCGCCCAUCUCGCGUGUCCCCGAGGAACUGCGCAAGCACGAAGCGGCGCAGUCCAAGCCCACACGCGGUGCUGGUGGCAAGAAGAUCGAGGACAGUUCUGGGUUCGGAGGCAAGGGUGGAUGGGCAUAG